CUUCGACAGAUGCGGAACAGUUCACAAAAGCCGUGGCAAUCGGCGGCGUUGUUGAUAAGAUUACAAUUCGAGAUUAAAAAUCCCGUAAAAUUCACGAAUGAAACACGUACCCGUACACGUAGCCAAAACAACACUUGUGACGUCACUUCGGGGGGUCUCGCGAUGUGGCAACGAUUUCACGAGCAAGAAAGUCUUUCCGUGAAAAACUAUUUUCAAGACACUCCAUUCCUCAAUUUGCUGCAAAAAGGCGCAAAAAAAGGUAAACAAUCAAGUCAAAAACGCGAAAAUGCCGGCGCAAGCGAACGAAAUCGAUAUCACGCGCAGAUUUAUUAAAAUGCGACUUUUACGCGAUCGUGCUUCGUUUCGUGGGUUUGAGGAGGAACGGAAGCAUAUUCACGAUCUUCUGCUACGUACGGCCAACAGCGGGGAAUCGAACAGCGCGCUUCUGCUCGGACGAAGAGGAUCUGGAAAAACCACGCUGCUCACUUCCGUCCUGGCGGAGCUGCUGCCUUUGAAAUCGUUUCACGAAAACACGCUGCUCGUGUAUCUGAACGGUCUCAUACACACCGACGAUCGGCAGGCUCUGAAAUCCAUCACGGUCCAGAUGAAACUGGAGAAUGCCGUCGAUGGAAAGGUGUUUGGUUCGUUCGCCGAAAACUUGGCCUUUCUGCUGGAUUGCCUCAAGUCGGGCAACCGAAAAACCUCGAAGAGCGUCAUCUAUCUGCUGGAGGAGUUCGAUCUGUUCUGUUCGCACCACAACCAAACCCUGCUGUACAAUCUGUUCGACGUGGCCCAAUCCGCACAGGCGCCGAUCUGCGUAAUCGGCGUAACGGCGCGGAUGGAUGUGGUCGAGCUGCUGGAGAAGCGGGUCAAAUCCCGGUUCUCUCAUCGGCAGAUCUUUCUUCAUCCGCCGGAGGACGCGUUCCAGGAACGGUUGGCUUUGUUCGAGGAGCUACUGAAACUACCGACCGAAAAGGAUGUGGCCAAGUUUGAUGAAACACACCCGCUGAUCCCGCAGGACAUCGUAGAGGAGAACGAGGAAAUGAUGCUACUGCGCAACUUGUUCAAUCCCCGCGAGUUCAGCUUCUCCGCUAAAUGGGUUAAACAGUGGAACCGCCAGAUUGCCGCGCUGGUCAAAACCCCGGGCGUAUGUAAGGUGCUACAGAACAUGUACGAUUACGACGUAGUCGAGGGCUCAUUCCGUAUGCUGCUGGUGGAGCUGGUCAAUGAGCUGGACGAAGAGCAUCCCGCAAUCACUUGCGAAUCGAUUCAGCAGCUGGGUAAAGAUUACGAAUCCGACGAUAAGGUGGCCCUGCUGGAGGGGCUGACGGCGCUCGAAAUUUGUCUCCUCAUCUCCAUGAAGCACCAUUCGGAAAUAUACGAUCGGGAUCCAUUCAACUUCGAGAUGAUCCUGACGCGAUUCAACAAGUUUGCAAAUUCUAGCUCCACGAUGCAAGGCAUACCUCGGGGGGUUGCUCUGAAGGGUUACGAGCAUCUGAAGGCACUCGAGAUGAUUGUUCCGGUACCGGGCAUCGCUGGAUCCUCGAAGGGGCAGAAAGAGUUUCAGCUCCAUCGGCUACUGCUAACGUUCGGACAGAUCACAAAGGCCGUUCAGCGUAUGGCCUUUCUGCCGACAGAGAUCACGCAAUGGGCACAGAGUUCUGUGGCAUGAAAGACUGAAAGGGUGAUUUCUUGUGUUAUUUAUUCUUUGUGCACACGAACCACUUACUGCCAUCCAUGAUAUUUUCUUCUU